CAGCUUUCGAUUGGAGUUUUGCCUUUUCCAAUUAAAUCACCUAAUUUCCAUAUCUGGACCAUACUGACCAAGUUAUCAUACAAAGGUUAUCAAGGCUAUGAGAAUGACCUCUUUAGCAGUGAUUCUAUGCCUAUUUCUAGCUGUACCUACAGCAGGUAAGAUCUUUUAUCAAAAUACCACAAAUAGUCCACAUACAUAAACGUAACACCACAGACAUCCCCACAUACAUGAAUACCGCAAAAACAGCAACCACACAUACGUAACACAGGUAGCCCAUUUUAAUUUCUGUUCCUCACUGAACAUACUGAGAUAUGAAGAAACACUACACUUGCUUUAUUGUAACAAGGCAAAGGAAUCAGCAACCUAUGGAACUAGACGCCUUUGUAUGGCAGGCAAGCCUGCCAGACCAGUUGGAGAGAUCAGGUGAUCUCUCUAACUCACCCAUAGCACCCCAGUGCCCAUACAUUAAGGAAGCCUGUUGUGGUGUGUACCUCCAGCAGGUGCAGACAACACAGGUAACUCUACCUCACAAUGUGGUGCUUCUCCAUGAUUCAGAGCAUUGCAGAGCUACGUCUCAGGAAAAGCUCAGAACGGAGACAGCCGUACAAGUGGUCUGCACCCAUAGAAGUUGCAGACCACAAGAUCCACACAGAGAACCUCCAGGGAUUAAUUUAAAGGGACUCUCCAGUGCCAGGAAAACAAUCCAUUUUCCUGGCACUGCAGGUCCCCUCUCCCUGCCACCUCCCAAUCCCCAGUUGCUCUUCAGCAGGCCUGUCACAAUUGUCUCAAACUCCUUUGUGAGUUUAGGGGAGUCAAAAGUUGGAAGAAUGUUUCUAAGGAUUGUGUGUUUUAUUCUGGUAGAGAGGAAAUGCAUGCGCAUUAGGUCUCCCCGGCCGGUGAUGUAAUGCAGAGGAGGAGCGGCGGUGACCAGAAACCACCGCCGCUCCUCUUCUGCAUUACAUCGGCCAGUGAGUGAGACUGAUCCCGCCCACCGGCCGGGGAGACCUAAGGCACAUGCCGGCGCGGCCCAGCCGGUGAUGUAAUGCAAAGGAGGUGCGGCAGUGACCCGAAACCACCCCCCGCUCCUCCUCUGCAUUACGUCGGCCGGUGGGUGAGACUGAUCCCGCCCACCGGCUGGGGAGACCUAAUGCGCUUGCGCGGCAAUGCCACGCAUGCGCAUUAGAGCUCCCCAUAGGAAAGCAUCAGACUGCUGCGUUCCUGUUUUACCCUCAACAUAGAGCCUCGUCUCAUGUGUGUGGGGGAAAAGGCUACAUCUACACUGGAGAUUGCUAUACGCAGUAUACUCCACUGGCUAUAAUCACUAAGUUCUUUUAAGAGCUUGUUCCUGCUUCGCCCUCUGAAGGAAGAGAGGUUCACCCACUGGAGCCUGGAGCCUUGUUGUAGGAGGCAGCGAGAGCCCAACCAAGCUGAGGCGGUUCGUGGGGUCUGCAGUGCUUAUGGUGUCAAGUGGAGUGCUUGGAGCCCUCGGGAAGCACUAGGAGCAACCAUCAACGGAGGUACCCAGUCGGGGUGCCAGGUGAUCUGUUACAGUCAGGCUCUACUAAGACUUGCAAUAGAGGUCAGAGAUGGUUAGCUAGUAUCUUUGUAAAAAAAUGUAAGUCUAUGUUUAUGAGGGAGAUAGGGGCAAUAGCUUCCGCAGUUAAGUCUUUCCCAGCUUUGGGUAUGAGAGAAAAAGUGGGCUUCCAAGGCCGAUUCUGGGAGAGUAGUAAAGGUAGUUAGAGAAUUGAAGGCAUUCAGAAAAGGAUCAGUGAGGGUUAGUAAGAAUGUUUAAAAGUAUUUGCCUGUGAAGCUGUCUGGGGCAGGGCUUUUACCAAGUGGCAGGCCUGUAACAAUUGUCUCAAACUCCUUUGUGAGUUUAGGAGUCAAAAGUUGGAAGAAUGUUUCUAGGGAUGGUGUGUUUUAUUCUGGUAGAGAGGAAAUGUUCUAUACCCUGUUGUAUGGGUGGUGUGUUGCGAAUAUUGUCAAAGUUGGUAAAGCAUUAUGAAAGGCUACCAGAUUAUCUUGUGUUAAUUGAGAAGAUUCUCCAUGGGUUUUUAGAUAUUCAUGAUAUAGAUUGAUUGCCUAGUGUUCUGCAGAGGUUUUGCUAAUAAGUGGCCACAUUUACUACCAUGAGCAUAGUAUGAGUAUUGCAGCAAGAUUAACCGACGUAAGAAUUGUGCGUUCAAAAGUUGUUGAAGCUCUGACCUUUUCCCUGUUAAUUGUUUGUGUAGAUCGAAGGAGUUGUGCCUCUUAUUGAAGUUUUCUAGUUGUAAGUGAAUUAACAUGUUUGUCAUGUUUUUUGAGCCUUGAAGCGAAAGGCAAUAAGUUCCCCUUGAAUAACGCAUUUGUGUGCUUCCCAGGUGAUUGUGGGUGAUAUUGAUGGGUGAGUAUUUUCUUUGAAGUAUUGUUGGAGAGAUUUGGUAAACUGAGAUACUUUGUCUGGGUUGUUUAGAAAAGGUUCAUUAAGUUUCUAUGUAGGAGUUUCUAUUGGUAGGAAGGGUGUCUGAAUCACAAAAGACAGGGGUGAGUGAUUAGACCAUGUAACUGAUCCGUAUUCACAGGAGAGAAUUAAGUGUAGGAAUCUAUGUGGUAAAAAUAGCAAGUCUAUUCUGGUGUAGGUUCCCGUUGCUGUGGAAUAAAAGGAGUGGUCUCUGGACUGAGGGUGUGUGAUAUGCCAAGUGUCAAAUAAGUUAAUUGAGUUUAAAAGCCUAGCGCUUAGCAUUUAGGGUGACCACAUGGAGGGUAGCCAUAACAACGCAACUGCAGAGCAGAGAAGCCCUGGUCCAACCCCACACGCAAAGCAAAAACAAACUAUAUACAAUGAAAAUAAAUACAACAAAAAUAAAACUGUAAGAACACAGAAAUCAGUUAGAAAUCACCAAUCUCGAUGGUAACUAUCCCCUAGGGGAGGUAAUAAUCCACUGAUAAAUUAUCCUAAUAAUGUUACACUGUCAUGUAUGCCUAAAAGGCAAAGGAAUUGGUUAAGGAAUUAAGAAGGAGGAUUGAUGUUAGUAAGGACAGAAUGUUCUACCCUAGUAUAUAAGAAAUUAUCUGGAGCCAUCAGGAGUAGGAAAUGGAACAUAGAUAACAAUGUAGUGGGCUUAAAACAGUUAUCAGUAGUCUGUGGUCAAUAUGAGGGAUGAGUAUUUGCUGAUCAGAAUCCCCCCCUUUUUUCCUCCCUCUGAUGUGAAUGGAGUAACUAAGGUUUUACCAGUAUUAGGAAUUACAUAAUGGAAUUAGUAAAUGGUUAAUCUGAAAUGACUCAAGGGUCAGUAAAUUUUAAUGCCAGCAAGGCUGGGUAAGCUCACCUAUUUUCCACCUCAGUCAAAACCAAGCUGUUUAGUUUUUUGGGGUUUUUUUUGUGUGAGAUAAAAGAGAACCGUAACACCGUCUAACAACAAAUAGUGUAGUGAAUACCCCCAUCCAAGUCAUAUCGGCAUAUGGUGGAAUUCCACAUGACUGCAAUCCUAGGAUAUGUGGGGCCAGUCAAGAGUAGUAUGAGGGAGAGCAGGUGGGAAGAUAUGGGUAUGAAGUAAAGCACAGGCUGUAGGAAAUAAAGAAGGGGAAUGGAGGGCAGAAGGAGGGUGCAUAGGCAGAGUCCUAACAGUUCCCAGUUAUAAUCUAAGCACAUGUCAGUAUAAACAUUGGAGACAAACAAUAAAAUAACCUUCUUGCUCAUCCUGAUGUGGCAGAGAGUUGUACUCCAGAUUACCAUGUGAAAUAUAGAGCAAGAGGUAGGUUUGAAUACCAAAGUUAAUAUUUGUGGUAGUGGACUUGUGGAUCAGACAGUAAGUGAAUUGUCAUCAUGAGUUGUGUCUGGAGGCUAGGUUAACACAUUUCUGAAGUUGGAAAAAUGUGAGGCACAGCAAUUUCAACAAUGGUGUGUAACAUUUCCAAAGAGGGUACACUUGGGUACAAUAUGGUAAAAGGAGUAAGGGCAGACACAAAUUCCUUUGUGGGUCAAUAUAAAUAAUUGUAAUCCAUGAGUUCCUGAUCAGCAGAGUAGGGGAGAAGGUUAAUGGUGGUUUGGAGUGCUUUUGGGGGAGGGUGAUCCAGAAUAUGUGUCGCUAUGUUCAUUCCUUCUUUUCUUGGCUGUAGAUUGCCACUGUUGAUGCUGUGGUAAUUGCAUGGAGAGUGGGGUUUGCACCAGACCAUACCAAUCCUAAAUAUGGACAUCUGGGAUAUCCAGUGCUUGAGUGAAAGAAGCAAAGUCAUUCUCUGUAUGGAGUACUUGUGGUUUUCCUUUAUAAGUCACUAGCAACGCAAAGGGGUAUCCCCACCAGUAGCUGGAUGUGAGAAGGUCAGUCAGGGAUGCAGUACACAUCUAGCUUGAAGACCUAUCCAGGAUAGGUCUGAAUAGAUUUAAAUUUGGGUUGUUGUGGUACAGGAGAGGCUGGGAGGAUUGAUGCAGUAUGAGCAGGAUACCUUCUUUUAGUGUAAAAUAGUGAAUUCUGGAUAUUACAUCUUUAGGUUGUACUGUAGGGACACGGCAAGGGCCCAGGGCUCUAUGUGCUCUGUCUAGUAGCACUGGGGUGUCAACGGUUGGUCUGUUUAAAAUCAAAUUAAAUAAUUCUUGAAGAGUAACAGUUAAAUCAAAUUAGUCCUGUUCUGGCAUACCUUUAAUGUGGCGGUUGUUACGUCUCCCCCUGUCAUCUAUCAGCCUAUGCAUAGUGAAGAUUUGGGAGGUUUUUGCCUCUACUGUCGCUUGUAGUUGCUGGAUUUGAGAGCACAAUAGAUCUGUCACCCUCAAGGGUAUUCACCCUGUCCCCAACAUGGCGGAUGACAGCUGUAACGGAUCGCCUGGCACCCCGACUGGGUACCUCCGUUGAAAGAUGCUCCUAGCGCUUCCUGAGGACUCCAAGCACUGCAGCCGACACCACAAUCACCGAACCAGAGAAGCGUAUACCUUCUCUCAAGCAUAUGAAUGCUGUAGACAGUUGAAUAGGAACCAUACAAAUAGGUUUACUCUCCUAGCAGUCAAACUGGAACAGCAUACAAUAAAUCCUUCCCCCAAUAAUGAGACGACACUUCACUUUGAGGGUUAAAACAGGAACUCUCUGUACUGUCACAUACAGUCUCUUUUAUUCCCAAUCCACAAACAUAGUACAGCCCACAGGGCGUUACAAAACAGCCAAUCAAUCCAUAAAAUACACCCAGACACUCCCACACAAAAUCCUCCCCUCUGGCUGUGAUAUGAUUACUGAACACAAUGGGUAAUCUAAUUAUCACAGCCAGAGAAAUACAGUUUCAUAAAACACAUCACAGGGACCCCAAAACAUGCAAUAACCCCAUAAAAAGUAUAUCCUUGGAACUGGGGGAUCUGGGUGAACCACAUAUCCAAAAUUCACCCAGAUCCGUUCAGUACUUUGGAAAAUACAGUUUAAUGCAGAUUCUGCAGAACAUAUACAGGCUAAAUAAAAACAAUCACUGUAUAAUGUGUCCCCUGCUGUAUAGUCCAAAACCACCGCACGAUGUCUCUGUGCAACAAAUACUGGCGAGAUGGCACCGUGUUGAAAAGUCCAAACAGUGUCUGUGAGUUAAAAUGGCCGCCAUCCAUUGUUCUCACCAUGUGCUUCUGAUACAGGAAAUGGUGGCCACCCAGUAACUCCACAGUAUGUCCCCAGAUGGUUCUUAAAAGGGCCAGCAGCAGCACAACACAAAUCCAUUAUGCCCAAAUCAUGUCUUUAAAGGGCAAUACAUCCCAGGGGCCAUAGUCACAUGGCAGGAGGCUGGCAACCAGGCUUCUCCAGUGCAUAGUGGCGAGGUUGGUUCCGCCACAACAGGUCAUAUGGUCUUUAAUUUUGUUUGGAAGGACACUUCCAGCUAACUUAGCAUUGCAGCCAGGACCCACUUCAGAGGCAAGCUUCUGAUGAUUGCCUUCAGGUCAGUAUCGGCUGUAAACAGUGAGGCUUCUGUGCCCUCUGGGCUGAAUAAAAACCGAGCCAUUGUUGGAGGAUUCAAGCACCAUAUUGGGGCCUUGCGCGCCCACAUGGAAGUCUGCAUUAUAGCGGAAAAACGUACUAAGGGCGCACGAUUUUCCAGCGGGCUGUUUUUUUUUAUGUCUGGUGGGACAACAGGGAUCAUUUAGGGUGUCCUAUCGUGGAGUGAGAGACCGAUGAUUGCUGAUUAACUGCUCGGUGCUACGGAGCUCUCUCAGAGUGUGGCCAUUUAGCUCUGUAGUUGGCUCGGCCCCUCAAUCAAGAGAUAUUUUAUGCUCUGACUCAUGGGAGCAGAGUCUGUCAAUCAAUUAUUUUUCUUUCUCUAGAUUUUCUUUUAGACAUUUAGAAGAUAUAGCAAUCAGGACACCUCUAAUAUAAUAUUCUCAUAUUCUUUGUCUUCACCUCUGAUAUAAGCCUUACACACUGUCCAUACUGUCAUCUGUGAUAAGCCAACUAUAUCAAAAUAUAAGUUGAUUACCCUAAAUACCUCAUUGUAUAUACCGCAUUGAGUCUUGCAGCAACCACUGAGGCCUGAGAAAUUGCUGUGUAAACUUAAACAGCUAAUUAUAACUGCUGAUCAGACCAAGGUUUUAUAGGUAUCUUACAGUAUUACGCACAAUAUAUACAGUGCUGCCAUAUAAAAAAUAGAUAAUUGUUAUGAGCGUAGCUAUUGUGGGGAUGUAAGUAAAAAUGUGUAAUCUCCAGGUAUCCAGUAGAGAUUGAUUAAAGGUUAUUCUUUUAAAUAGCUCAGUAUUCUAAUCAAGUCAGUUAGGAAUGCUAGUAGAGGGAUGAUCUAAAAUCAGAUUUAAUACAGCAUUAAAUCCCCACCUACCCAUACAAGGUACCUCUCCUACUAAUAUAUUAAAUUUAAUACAAAAUUCCAUUAAAUUUUUUUUCAAAUUGUAGUUUUUUUUUUGUAACAUAAUAGUACAACAAAAAUUCAGCAUAUGUUGCUACAUUUGCAUCACAGAUUCAACAUGCAUAUUAAAUAUAGAUAAAAUGUAGAUUGCUAACAGAAAGGCAACCAUAGAUAUAGGGUCAGCUAUAAGAUCCACCUUUUUAAACAUGUCAACUCAUACUGUAAGUCAAAACGCUAGUACGAGGGGGGUAACAGCCUCUCAGAAGAUCAACAGCUCAACAACUGUUAUAUAUUCGGUAACCUACACAUGAAUGGGAAUCCUUAGUAAAGCUAGGUCUUGGCAGGAAAAUACAAGAAGUUGCAUUAUCUCCAAAAAAACUAAACAAAAAAUAAAAAAAAGUAAUGAUUCCAUGUAAUCUCUUUAACUAAAUAAUUGUUUCCAGAGCAAUAUUUUUUCUUUUUGAUACAACGUAACCAUUUUAGUAUUUAACUUUGUUACCUUAAAUUAUUCAUUCUUUCAUUUUUUACAUUGUGAAAUGGAAAUAUUACAUCUUUCUAAGUAAAUUUGCUUUUCCUGUGACUAUUGGAAAAAACAAAAAAUACAUAUAUAUCAAUCAAUGGAACUAAACAUUUUAAAAAAGAAUUGUUAGAGUGCUUAGUCUGACCCUUUUAGAACGUUUUAAAACAGCCUGUGUAAAUAGCUCACAUCUUAAUCUUUCAGUUUGUAGCACAACUUGUCUCCAGUGCACCAACGUAAAUGGUAAAACAUGUGAGGGAAAACCUGUGACUUGCGAUGGGGAUCGCAAAUGCUUUGUGAGAUCCAAUUUUCUGCAUUACCGUAAGUACAAAAUAUAUGUUGAACUCAAAAGCUUUAUAAAGUAAUGAUAAUGAUGGCAUGUACCAAUAAUAGCCAAUACCAACCUGUGUAAGGACACGAGAAAUCAGCUGUCCAUGUGCUUUUGAACACUCGGUAGAUCUAAAUGUCAGUGCUCAUAUUCUCCAGCAUUGUAGGGUCUACUUCUCACAAACAGUGCCCAAGCACCAUAACCACUUUAUAAUACUGAUGUAUCCAUGGUGCUCGGAGUAACCUUCUAAGAAUGGAGAGAAAGCAGAGAUGUUCUUUUUAGGGAAAGUAACAAGAUUCUACAAGUGAUUUAAUGUGGUGACGAAGGAUGUUGCUAAAUAAUAAAACUAAGCAAUCAUGCUUGGAUAGUUGGUGUAAUUAUGACAUGAUCUACUAAGAGGAACUUCAAAAAUUGACGGGGAUAUGGUAAUUAUAUGCAGCAUUUUUUACACUGAGCUUGGAUUCUGUAAUGGGAUUUUGGUUAGAUAAAGGCAGAGUGACUGUGAAGGGCAUGUUGGUAAGGGUGUUGUCCUCAUACGUAUGAUAUUAACAUUUAAAUAAUUAGUUUGCCUAAAGCAAAUGUGUGGAUGGAGAAGAAUAAUCUAGAAUGGAACCUUGACUUUAAGGUACAGCUAACAGAGAGGGGUAAUGGGGGAAGCACCUAAGAAAGAGCCAAAAAAAUAUCUGACAGAUCCAAUUUAUCCCAGGAAAGUGCUGCAUCACAGAUGCUGGAAAAAUAUCAACACAAUGUCUAGAAAUUAUUUUAUUUGUAAUGCAAUGAUGUUUAUGUAACAAGUCCAAGAUAUAAAUGUAUUCUGCUGUAAACAAUUUGUAUUUAAAUAAAUAUAGGCAUUGAAAGACAAAUAUCCUAAUUUAUUCCUGCAGUUGGUGAAGAUUCCAGUUCCAUUACCAAGGGAUGUGUUACUGAAAAUAUACCCUGUGAUUAUGUGGGUUAUCUUGAUAUUGGCGGUGCUAAUUCUUCUACAUAUUCAAUGAAUAUUAAAUGCUGUGAUGGGGACAACUGCAACACCUUUGGUCAUGAGAGUGAGUGUCCUUCAUUUUUUUUCAAAGUGUUACUUUUAAACAUUAUGUUAUAUAUAUAUUAUAUACUUAUACUUUCUAUUUCGAAACCUACAAGACUUAUUCAAUAAUUUGUAGGUGGGCGAGAGGGAGGCAGAGCCGAUAUGGUCUUUACGUACCCUAAGCUGUCCCCCUUCAGCGCCAUUAUCUUUCUCCCACUUCCCAAGAAAAUAGUGAAGAGCAGAGGCUCUCCAUAUUUCUUACCAGUUUAUGCAGGGCCAGAACCCUGUUGUAUGCCUUUUUUAUGAUCUCCCUCACCUGCUGGCACUAAAAUGGAGUAGGGGAUGGAGAGAGGGCGCAGGGGAGCUCUUGCCGGUCCUCUCCUUGCAAGCUUGGAUCAUUGCCACAGUUACCAUGACAACUAUCCGAUCUCACGAGGGUGAACUGUAGCCUCAGAGCUGCAGCUGCAGGCUAUAGUUCACUCCCCACCAGACCACCAGGGAUUACAGGAAAUCUCAUAGUCAAAGGUAAUAAGGGAUGGGGGGAUAUAAAGUAUAUUUAUUUUCAAUUGAAAAAAAUAAUAGAUAUAUUUGCUUUAAUCUGCCUGCACAUUCACACCCUUACACAUACUGAACCCCUCAUAUACACAGACACAUCCACACCCACACACAAUGCACCCCUUACACACACACACAUUGCAGCCCUCACACACUGCCCCCUCACACACACACUGCCCCCAUACUCACACACUGCACCCUUCACACACACACUGUAACUUUCACACUGCACCCCUCACACACACACUGUACCCCUCACACACACUGUACCCUUCAUGUACACUGUCCCCCUGACACACAUUUAAUCCCUCACACAGACACUGUAAAACUCACACACACUGACCCCCACAGACACACUGCCCUUCACAAAAACACAUACACUGCACCCCUCACACAUGCACUCCGCCCUUCACAAACACACAAUGCACCCCACACACACACAUACUACUACCUCUAUCCCUUACUACAGACCUGAUCCUGGGAGACCCCAGGUAAGUUGUUAAACUUGGCACUCCUGGCACAAUAACCACUACAGAAAGCUGUAAUGCCUAUUGUGCCUGGAUUGUUCCUACCAGUGCCCCUCCCAAGAUUAUAUUCUGGAUCCUCCCUGCUUCAAACUGCACAUGAAAAUAAACUGUUUACCUUAAAAACUUAACACCUCAUUUCACCUAACUCUAAACUCAAUCCUAAACAGCCCUUAUGCUACAACUUUUAACAACUUAAAGCUCUUAAUCCUAUUAACUCUAAACACCCUAUGGAAUCUCACACUUAUGUUAAACACUCUCCAACCUUAACCACUUCUACCAUUAUCGGUAAUUCUGCAUGCAUUUACACUGCUACACACACUCACUAUACUCCCAAGUUCAAACACAAUACAUUACAUGUAGAAAUAUGGAUUUACAUAUUUAUAUACAUAAGCAGUUGCCAAAUAUGAAUAUGUUUUUUUAAGAUGUUUUUCGGCCUGCAAUAUCCAGUAAUUAUAUUUUUAUAUGUCUUCUUUUUUGGGUUGAGGAGCAGGGGGCACCUUAUAAUCAUGUUCCUACAGGCUUCUGACAUGUAAAUCUGGUCCUGGACAGGACACAAAUUGCAUUGGACUAGACAAAAGCAAUGGGGGAUAUUUAUCAAAGUGUCUCUGCAGCUUUUCUGGAAUUUGUUUCUAAAAUCAAUUAUGAGAUCUAACAGUAUUUUACACUAUUUAGCAAGUGUUACCUUUUGUGUAUGUAUUUAUUUUGCACCAGAACACUAUUCUAUAUUCUAUCAUUUGUUUACACCACCCAAAAGCUUGUGCACAGGGUGUGCCGGGUGUGCCUAAUCCUGCGACACGCCUAUGGAUUUAGACCGGCAGGGGAGAUCUCAGGAUCUCCCCUGUCGGCUCAUGCUUUAAGACUCCAUGGGCCGGUGGGGAGAUCAAAGAUCUCCCUCACUGGCUCACAGCUGCAGGGAGGGAGGCAGGAGAGGACCCAGGGAGCUCCAGCCAGCAGCUCCGCCGGGUUUCUCUCGUGAGAUCUGAGUGUUGCCACGACAAUGCUCAGAUCUCGCGAGAGUGAACUCUAGCCCCGCAGUGUAGAGUUCACUCUCCACUGGACCACCAGGGAUGGCAGCAGCAACAAGAAUCCCCCCUCCCUACAUAAGGUAAGAAGAGAGGGGGGAUAUUUACUAAACAGCCCCCACUAUACACACAAUCCCCCAAACAUACAGCACACACACACACACACAGCACACACACACAUACAGCAUUUACACACAUACAGCACCCUCACACACACAGCACCCACACAGAUACAGCACACAAACAGCACCCACACAAACAACAUCCACACACACAGCAUCCACACACAUACAGCACACAAACAGCAUCCACACACACACAUACAGAACACAAACAGCAUCCACACACACACAGCACACAAACAGCACCCACACACACAGCAUCUACACACAUACAGCACCCUCACACACACAGCACCCACACACAUACAGCACACAAACAUCACCUACACACAUACAGCACCCUCACACAAACAGCCCCCCCACACACACAGCACUUACACACAUACAGCACCCACACACAUACAGCACCAUCACACACACACACACACACACACCACCCUCACACACACAGUGGUGUAUCCUGGUUUUGUGCUGCCCUAGGCAGGACAAAACUCAGGCACCCCCCUCUCCCCGCGCCACCCCCACCCAACCCUUCCCCCCGCCCCACCUUCUAAAUACACAUACACACACACACACACACAGUCAGACACAUACACACACACAGUCAGACACAUACACACACACACACUCACACACACACACACAGUCAGACACAAACACACACAUAGACAGACACAAACACAAACACACACACAGUCAUACACACACACAUACACAGACACAGUCAGGCACAAACACACACACAUACACACACAAAGUCAGGCACAAACACACACACACACAGUCAGACACAUACACACACACAUACACAGUCAGACACACACACACAUACACAGUCAGACACACACACACUCAGUCAGACACACACACACACACACUCACACAGACGCACAGACACAAACACACACACAGUCAGACACAAACACACACAGUCAGACACAUACACAGACAGUCAGACACAUACACAGACACAGUCAGACACACACACACACAUACACAAACACAGUCAGUCACACACAGUCAGACACACACACAGAUUAACUUUUUUUUUUUAUUUAAAUCCCCCCCCAACCUCCUUACCUUUGGGAGUGCUGGGGGGGAGGUCUCUCUCUCCCUGGUGGUCCAGUGGCUGCCGGUCGGGCGGGCGGCGCUGGCAGGCGGGCGGCUGGCGAGGGAGCUCUUCCUAUGAGCUGUCUGCUCAGCUCCCUCGCGCUGGCUGCAGAGUGAGGCUGGGAGCCGGAAGAUGACGUCAUCUUCCGGCUCCCAGCCUCACUGUGCGGCGCGCGAGGGAGCUGAGCAGACAGCUCAUAGGAAGUGCUCCCUCGCCAGCCGCCCGACCGCCUGGGAUGUCAGUUAGCCGCAAGGCUAACUAGGCAUUUGCCCUGGGCAUUUGGGGGGCGGCGUUUUUUGCCGCCCCCUGAAAAAUGCCGCCCAAGGCAAAUGCCUUGUUUGCCUCGCGGCUAAUACGUCCCUGCACACACACACAGUACACUAACAGCAAACACGCACACAAACAGCACCCUCAUACACAGCACCCUCACACACAGCACACUAACAGCCCCCUCACAAACACACAAACACCCUCACCCACAUAGCACACUACCAGCACCCUCACACACAGCACCCUCACACACACACAGCACCCUUACACACACAGCACCCUCACACCACCCUCACACAGCGCACACACACACACACAACAGUGUGUGUGUAUAUAUGUGCGUGUGUAUAUAUAUAUAUAUAUAUAUAUAUAUAUAUAUGUAUAUAUGCAUACAUACAUACAUACAUAUACAUGCGGCGUGUGUUUGUGCUUUAGGGUGCACACCCUAAUGCAAUAGGCUGCACACGCCUAUGACACCACCCUUAGCUUGCCUUAAGGAGUGAGGCAGAAUAUUCACACAGUAGUUUUAGUUACUUGAUAUAAUUAUGGAGGCGCAAACAUCUGUCAGAAAAUACAAAGUACAAAGCUUCUUUGCUACUUUGCAGUUUGUAAAGAACAAGCUGUAGCGAGUUUUAAAUAAUUGUAUUUUAUUAUUUCUUCUUAAUCACAGUUCCAGAGGAGAAUGAAAAAUUUGAAGGAAAAACUUGUCCAACCUGCGUGAAAUUGAACUCGAACGAGGAAUGUGUUCCAGAAACUGACAUGGUGUGCAGGGGGAAAGAUGACCUGUGCUACACUUAUGUGGGUACCUGGCGUGACGAAGGUAAUUUAUGUAGAUUUCAGUGUGUAACAAAUGUAAUUGAACAAGCUUCAAUUACCUAUUUUUAUAAUGCUUGUUAGAUAUAAGAUAGAACAGAUCUAUGUACUGCAUUUCUGCUUGUAUUCACCAGAAUCUGUAUUUGCGCAGAGAAGUGUAGGGUGGGACAGAUCCAGAGGUCCAUCUCUGGUAAUCUAACGAUCACAGAAUAAGAAAAUUUCCAACACUUUUUUUUAUUAUUUGGUUUAUAUAAACAAAAGGAGGAAUAAAGAAUAUAAAAUCCAAAACAAAAUACAGAAAUAAAAUAACACGUGUUAAAUAAUAUGCUUCAUAUAAUAGUAACACAGUAAGUAACUGUAAGCUGAACAUCCCUACAAGCUUUGAACAUCCCUACAAACAGGAUGAACAGAAUAUGAAAAGAGAGUGAAAAAAGAAACAUAAACAGAGGGAAAGAUAAAUGGAGUAAAUACAUAUUAAGGAGAAACACUUUAAAGGAAUAUGUAACUUGCAUUGGAACAGAAUAUGAAAAAAAAGCACAUUUGUUAACAGAAAUGGGGAAACAUGGAGAAUGAAAAGUUAAAGGGACACAGUACUGCCUAAUUAAAAAAAAAAAAAAAAUCACUGUUAAAAACAUGCCUGCAUUUAGUUAUGCAUUAUUUUCCAUCGGAGGUAUAGCUAAAAACAGCACACAAAAGCUGAAUAUCUUUUGCCUGCAGCUUUUUCAAGUCCCCUGCCCUCCCUAAUCCAGCUCAAACUUCGUGGCUGUCCAAUUACAGCCUUCCCAGUGCAGCUACGUGAGAAGUCUUUGGAAGGCAGGUGCUCUGAGCAAUUGCUGCCUCUUGAUUUUAGCUCCACUGAGCUAAACAAACUAGGAAGUGUCAAGAACCAGUUGUCUGAUUGGCUGCAAGAGAGUGGUAACAAUGUUGAUUUAUAAAAGUGCCAAUUUAUAUCUGCACAUUUUGUUAAAAAAAAAAAAGUUUACACACACCAAGGAUUUCAGCUAGCUAAAGUGCUUAGAGGUCUGAAGUGUCCCUUUAAGUAAGGUUUAAGUGUUUACAUUGCUACCUAGGAACAUCUGUGGGUGCAAUCACUCAGGUGCUACCUGGGUGGAGCACUGACGUUUAGCAUCUCCACACUUUGCAUGGAGACACUGAACUUUCUCACAUAGAUGCAUUAAGUCAAUGCAUCUCUGUGAUGAUAUGCUGAUUGACCAGAGCUGUGUUUUGCCGUGCAUUCGCAAUAGGCUCCGAUUGCUUGAUAAAGGCAUCUGUCUAGGUCGAAAUGUUGCAGUUUUUAUCACAACAAAUAUGCCUUCCUGCAGCAAUCCUGAGUGUCUGGACCUAUUUUAUGUUAUCUUAUAUGGUAAUAAAAGCAAGGAUUUUCAUACGUGGGGAAAAUGGAACAAAGACCAUCUAGAAUACCUCCUAAUAUGGUCAUUGUUCUUAUAAUGUAAGUUUAGGUUUUACGGUCUAUUCUAGACUUUUGAACCAAGCAAUUCCAAAUUAACCUGGUUUGCUCAUUCUUCAAUAUCUUUCCCCUCCUGAGACUCAACAUACUCAACUUACAUCAAAACAACACAUCGGCACCCAUCCCUAGGCCUGCAACCACAUCCUUUUAUUAUCGCUAACACGACUAUAAGGGGGAAAACAUUGUUACAAAGUAGUACAGCAUAGUUUAGAAAAAGAAAAAUAAGUCUUUUAAAAAUGAGUUUGUACUCUUUUGGUUAUAUGCUAUAAAAUUACUGAUAGUAGCAAGAUGGCUGACAGCAAAGCUCUGCCAGGUUCAAUAUUUUAUCAAUAAUAUCACUUAAAACACUAGCAGAUGUUUGCAACUAAAACAUUCCGACACAGGCGUUGACUUUCUACAUUAAAGUCAAAGCCACCUCCACCGAGCCUGACCACUAUUUAGUAUUUAAUGUUUUGAAAAUUGUAUUUUCCAGUUCAUGAGAGUCCAAAAUACAUGCUUAGUGAAAUAUUUUAUUAACUUUUCAUAAAAGACAACAGAUUUAAAAAUGAUCAAUGCAAGGUAUAGUGGGAUAUGUGACAACAACAGUGCCAAAUAAAAAUUCUGUCUAGAUUUUAAUACUUUUUAAUAUUUUACAGAUAAUAUAUAAAUUAUCUUUGUAAAUGUAAAUUCAGUUAUCUAUGAACCAUAUUAUACAGUGUUUAAACAUUGUGCGUUUUCUUUAUUUGAUUUCUGUUUCAUUUCAUCUUUACAGUUGGCAAUGAAAUACACAGUUCUGAGAAAGGAUGUUUGGAAACGUUUUUAUGUAAAGAACUAUUUGGUUUGGCAACCGGCAUGGAGGCAGUCCAAACAACUACCUUUACUUGCACUUAACUUAAAAAAAUUUAAAAAAAGAAAUAACCUAUUCUAAUAAGGUUUGUCAUAACCAAAACAAACUUGUAGUUACUGAUUAUCAAAAUGAUUUGUGUUUUGGUGAAAAAAAUAAAUAAUUGCAAUUACCACAAAAUAAUUAAAUAAUAAAUGCAACCAAUGUAAAAUUUUCCGAAGUUGAACUGCUUAUUUAAUUUCCUCAAUAUGAUGGACUAAUUUGUGACUGCGAUGAGUAAUUGAGC